AUUAACUUGUCAAAAUGUUACGAUUUUUGUGUUUUUAUUUUUGCAUUACGCUUAUAAUAUGUGAUCCACUGGAGUUCCUCAGUGAAAAAGAAAAAGAGGCUCUCGGUAAAAUGCAUAUUUUGGACCUACCAGAAAAGGCUCAACGUCUUGUUCGAGCAGUCACUCUUCAUGGAAAUGCAACGGCUCAUUGGUGUUGUAACGUUGCCACGACAAAGAAAAUCACAGAGACACACUCUAAGCUCCUGUACACCAAACAGAUCAGAGACCGUGUAUCUCAUCAUCACUGCGGGUUUCUGGGACUGUCCCGCUGUGCCAGGCAUCACUACUACUAUAUCUCAGUACCGCAAUACAAAACAACAUACUCCGUAAAAGUCAUUCACACCAGUUGUCCAAACAAAAACUUAGUUUGCUGUAAAGGAUAUGUUCUAGUAGCCGGAAGCUGUGUCCCUCUAAGUGAAAUAUCUAAUAUAAAGGACGACCUCAUCAAUCUACAUAAUGGCGGAGUUGUCGUUGGAUAAAUAUGGAUUUAACAGAAAAU